GCACUGUACCACUUUAGCACUUCUGCUAAAGUGGUGUCAAACACUGGGUCUGUCUGUGUGUGCGCGCGUGUGUGUGUGCCUCUCUAUGAGUUCUCAUAAGCCAACUCAGCUCUGAGGGACAUUGUGAUUAAGCGGUUGAAGUGAUCUCAUUGACAUUUCAGAUUAGCACUCUCUACAGGGCUCCCCUGCCUUGUCUCCCUGCAAGGGACUCUGUCACUGAUAUAGGAUUAAGAUAGAACUUUAAGUGAGGAUGAUGAUGGUCAGCGACGACUGUUUGGUGGAGUGUAAGAUUGAUGAUGAUGACAGUGAUGCGGACAGUGGAGGAGAAGAACAAAUAAACACGCCUCCUCCUCCUCCAGAGUUUGCAUCCAAAGCCGCAACUCCAGUGCCCAAACCUCCGAUCCCUCCCACAGCCCCUGCUACACCUACGCCCACCUGUCCUGUCAACAGGGACCCUUAUGGCAUCAACCAGCACCUCAAGGUGGAGGUCAGUGACGUUCUGGCAGAGCCCGCCACACCUCGUAGCAUUGAACAAGUGUGGUUUUACAGUGUUGUUGGUUUCGAGAGGGCACGUAUCUGGACGUACCGCUGCCUCUCCUUGCUGCUUGCUGUGCCCUUGGCUCUUCUGUGUGGUAUUUCCCUGGCCAUUCUUGCCUGUCUACAUGUCUGGUUUGUGGUGCCUUGCGUACAGCUGAGCAACACCUUCCUUCCAUGCCUGCGCUCCUUGUGUAUGUGUACUGUGAAUACUUUUAUCUCUCCCUUCUGUACGUCUCUUGCUCUCUGCUGCAGUCAAAUCGCCAUUUCACUGUCGAACAAGGACUGGCACCAAAUGAAAGACAAAGAGACUGUAUGAAUGUGAGACAUAACAAGUGAGUGAGUGAGUGAGUGAGUGAGUGAGCGAGGGAGGGAGAGAGAGAGAGAGAGUUAGAUAACUUCAUUUAAAUUUGAUGUAUUUUUGUUUUUUUUAAUUGGCAUGGUUCUGCAACAUUGUAUGUUAAUGCUAUUUGAUAUGUUUUCUACAUGUAAAGCCAAUUCAUACACAACAUAUUAUUAUUGUAGUUAUUUAAAAAUUGUA